AAUCAGAGUUGCGAAUCAGUUUACCAACAAACCCCUCAAUUCAAGAUGGACGAUCGAAUACCUUUCGCUUUCGUUUCAAAUACUAGCUUUAAUAAACAUCGAAAUUCUUCCUUAAGGGGCCCCCGAGUAUUGCAGUGAUAAAGAAAUUGCAGGGUAGGGAUACGAAGAAAAAAAAAUAUAGCAACAUUUAUACGGGAAGGACUUGCUAAAAGUGUGUGAAUCCAGUCAACUUUUAUUUGAUUUGGGUGAUCAAAUAAUACAACACAAGCUAUGCCAUCUUCGCCAGCUAAAACAGCUAACACGAAGCUUGUAGAGCCGAACAAGGAGAGAAAGGUGUCUUGUAAACUGCUCUGCGAAGUCGUACUGCUCGACAACACCACUUUUACAGCGACGUUUGAAAAGAAAUCCUCCAAAGGUGGAGAGCUCUUCGAUCGCGUGUGCUCGUUUUUGGGAGUAACCAAAAAAGAAAUCUUCGGCUUACAAUACACAAGUUGGGAAGACGGUGCCUUGAAUUGGCUAGAUAUGAGCAAAGAGAUUCGUAGUCAACGAUCCAAGCCGUAUCACUUUCAGUUCGCUGUAAAGUUUUACCUUCGAAAUCCAAGGGAGCUGGACCCAGUUUCACGAGAGCUGAUGUGUUUACAAGUGAAAGACUCGCUUGUUCGUGGAAAAUUUCUGAAACCUGUGUCAAUUAAAAGGCAUGCAAUAUUAGAUGGAUAUUUCGCCCAGAUAAUCAUCGGAGAUUUCAACCCGAAGAGUCAUAAAAGAGGAUACAUUGAAAACAAACUUGGGCGUUUUUUUGUGCCACCAAACGGAAUAAACUCUGACGAAGGCAUAGGAGAGCUUGAUUAUGAGGCAAUGGUGUUUAACUGUCACCGGUCACAUUUGGGGUUAAGCAGAACUGAGGCCAUUACACAGUUCCUUGAGCUUGCCACAGAGUUUCCUUUUUACGGUGUUAACCUACAGCCUCCGUCAAAAGACAGGGAUGGCAACUCUGUUUGCAUAGGAAUCUAUGAGAAUGGGGUGUUGGUUUUUGAUAAUAUUGGGUUAAGUGAGCCAGGAAAUCUACUAUAUGAAUUUCCGUGGAAUGAGAUUGUUACAUUGCACCAGCACAACCGUCAUUUCCAUGUUUUGUACUACAGUGAAGAAAAGAAAGAUGGGAGCAACUACUCCUUUCGCUUCCAUGGACAUUAUGGACACAAAACAGCUCAGAGAACAUUAAUACUUGCCAUGGAACACAAGAAAUUCUUUUACCACCCAGAUAAGAAAGUGCAUCGCCGCAGUCGCUCUUUUGCAGAAGCUGAUUCCAUUGCCCGUCCUCCAGGUAAGUUUGACAGAGGGGACAAAAAAUAUGCAACUACCACCAACCUGAAGCAUCGGUACAGGUCAUCGUUUGGCAAGAUCAAGUCCAACCUUAGGAGCAAGAUGAGACAUCAUUCAAAGUCUCAAGAUUUAGAUGAGGCUGGAGUAGUUGAAGAAGCUGUUCAACCCAUCUCCAUGCAAUCUCAAGAAAGUUCUAAAAGCCCCAAGCGCCUGAUCUCUAGCGCAUCUGCUAGUCAUAGCCGCUCAACCUCACCAAGCCCUACAGCAUGUAGCCCUGGGAUUCACCGGCCUUCUUGUCCAGGCUAUGACCAUGUAGAUAGCCCCAAACAAACAAUUACAUAUGUGUGAUAGUGCUAGACAUGGUCUAGUUGUAGACCAGGAAGCCUGACCAUCGGUGGAAGAACCCUUUCUCACUGGUAAUGCCACUGGUCUCACUGUCUUGCAAAUUUCACAGUUCAUCUUUCCCUCUACCUUCCCUUCUCCAAAGAACACAGCUACCAGAACACAGCAUUGAAGUGGUUGCAAAUCAGACAUCAGACUCUUGUUUAGAUUGAGAAACAAACAUUGUGUUCUCAAUUUUUCUCAGAUAUGUGAUUGAAAUUCAUGAUUACCUCAUGGUUUUGUGGUGUUGGGGAAUGAUUCUAGUCUUUGAUUGCCUCAUGGUUUUGUGGUGUUGGGGAAUGAUUCUAGUCUUUGACUGCCUCAUGGUUUUGUGGUGUUGGGGAAUGAUUCUAUUCUUUGAUUGCCUCAUGGUUUUGUGGUGUUGGGGAAUGAUUCUAUUCUUUGACUGCCUCAUGGUUUUGUGGUGUUGGGGAAUGAUUCUAUUCUUUGACUGCCUCAUGGUUUUGUGGUGUUGGGGAAUGAUUCUAGUCUUUGACUGCCGCGUGGUUUUGUGGUGUUGGGGAAUGAUUCUAGUCUUUGAUUGCCUCAUGGUUUUGUGGUGUUGGGGAAUGAUUCUAGUCUUUGACUGCCGCGUGGUUUUGUGGUGUUGGGGAAUGAUUCUAGUCUUUGACUGCCGCGUGGUUUUGUGGUGUUGGGGAAUGAUUCUAGUCUUUGUUUGCCUCAUGGUUUUGUGGUCUUGGGGAAUGACUGUAAUCGUUACUUGAAUUAUCUAACUAUUCUUUGGACUAUUCUAUACAACGUGGUGAUUUUAACAUAGACUGACUUGAUAGGCAUUUUAAGUUUUGUGUCAUGUCUUUUCAAGACCUGCGGUGUUAAAGUCACUUGCCUGGUCCAAGUCUUCAAUCCCUCUAGUGCAGAGCUCCACAACAAGAAGCAAAAGAGAUAAGAUCGAGUAAAGAUUAAAGGGACAGGUAAAAGAGAUUUGAAAGGUUUUGAAGCGAAGUAUUUUACAGGUUUCCUUUUUUUCAUGUGUGUGCUAUAGAAUAAAGUCAUUUGAAACAAUUGCAUGCUGCUUUGAAUUUUAUUUUGAAUUUUUUUUUACUGUUGUAAAAAAAGUAGAAAACAAGUUCCAAGAAGUUGGCUUUUAUUGCCAUUGUGUAAUGUACACCAAAAAAUUCAACUUUUAUCAAAAUUUAACUACGGCUCUGGGACCUUUGCACUUGGCAUACUUUAGCGGGAAUGACAACUUGGACUAGGUUCAUGGCUUUUUUUUACAAAAUGGUAGAUCAAGUAGCCUAGCCGCUAGGCAUUCAUUUGACCUUCUGUAUACAGUAAGUAAAUUAUAAUACUUAAAAAGUAUAUUGCAAAGAAAACAUAAUAAAAACACCUAUAGAUACGAUAGAUACACCAAAUAAUAAAAACACCUAUAGAUACGAUAGAUACACCAAAUAAUAAAAACACCUAUAGAUAUAAUAGAUACACCAAAACCUGGUUAGUUGUGCCUGCCUUUUUUGAGGAGUUAUUAAUUAUUAAUGGCAGGGUAGACUGACUUAAUCAGUUUCUUGGUUAGUAAAGAUAUAUUUGAUUAGUCAUUUAUGAAAUAUAUUAGCAGGUGUAUAGACAGGAAAGAUGAGGCAUGCCUCCUGUACCAGUGAGCUAGGAUGUCAUACCAAAUGGAAAAAUGUUCCCUUGAAUUGGUAAUUAAUGCCUCUUACCCUGGGGUUAUUUUAUUUUAUACACGAUAGGCCCCCUUCAACAAUUAUAUGUGCUCUGGUAUCAAUGGAGGUCCUGAUAUUAAGCCAUUAUUGGAUGAGGUUUUUUAGUGAUAUCUGGAAUAAUCAACGUCAAGACUGAUUUUUCUUGGCGAACAUUGCUGAAUUCAAAAAUUGUUUUAUUAUUCAUUGAUUCAGUAAAACGCACUUACUCGAAAACAAAAUUUAUUGCUGAUUUGCAGAAAGACUGCCACUUCUCAAAAAUCGAAGUUGCAUUGCACACAUAGAAUCACAAAUCUGCUAGCUGAUGAGGCAGACUCUCAGCGUGAUUCUCAAAAGCGCGCUUUUAGCCAAUCAGAAUCAACAUAGUGAGCGCGAUAUAAUAAUAAUGCACAGUAACCCACAGUUGUUACCCACAGUAACAACAAAACAUAGUAGAACCAUAUCCCCUUUACUAUUUUUUAAAGCUAGAUACUGUGGAUACAAAUGCGCUGUUUUUGGUCAGUAUAGGAGUAAAUGGGGUUAGCAAAGUGUGUCUAGUCUUUUAAAACAGAAACUCUACAGAGUCUAGGGCAUGUAAAAAUAAGAUGUGAAUGUACAUUAGGGAAAGUUCAUUUAUUAUCGUGAGGGGGAGCAUAAGGAUACUGUAUAGCACCAAGCAUUAUCAUGUUGAAACCUGGAGUUAGUCGCAUCUUUGAUAAAUUGAGUGCCUUUA